GCUCAUUUGGGCUUUUAUACCAUGCGUGAUAUAGAAGCGCUUUGGAGGGCAGUGACGGAGUACCGGUAAAUUAUGAAGGGCUUUACCAUACAGUAAUCUGGCUCCUUUUGCUUACAGGGCCGCCUGGGGCCGCAUACAAAUUCGAUACUUAAUUGUACGCGAACAUACCCCCGAAAAUUGAUUUUAGCGUGCACAAACGUUUGUAGAAAGCCACGGCUUGUCUGAACGUGUUGAAAUCGAACCGGUUCACUUUCGGUCAGAAGUACCCCGGGAACAUUUGACCAGAUCCAAGGCGAAUUUCAGUAACAGCAUCUUCUCCGCCUGGCUGGUUUGCGUGGAACCAUGGCCAUGCGCGGCCGGGGCGGCAAUGCCGAACCCCGGCCGGACGAUGCCUUCGCCGAGGAGCUCCGCGAGAAGACGCUGGCGCUUGUUUCCGUCCAACGGAACUAUGAGAGUAUUUCUCGACUCAUGCAAGCCAAGCAGCAGGAAGUCGACCAGCUUCAUGCCCAGCUGUCAGCCGAGCAGUCCACCUCCAACCGUCUGCGUGCGCAGCUGGAGGAGGUGCAGGGGCGGUGUGCGGGGCUGGAGCGGCAGAACGAGGGCACUCGGGCACUGCAGUCGCAGCUGGCGGACAUGCAGGCGAGUCAGGAGGCUACGAAGCGAGAGGCGGCGCAGGCGAAUGCGUGGGCCAUGGCCAUGCAGGAAACCGUCAAGGGGCUGCGUCAGCAGCUGGAGGAGGAGCAGCACCGAGGGCAGCAGCUGAAGCACCAGCUGUCGUCCUGGCGCCAGAUGGAGACCGACCUGGAGGGCGAGGCUGCCGUGCUGCGCUCCCGGCUGGCGGAGGCGGAGGGCGACUGCCGCGCCAUGUGCUCGGAGCUGCGCGCGCUGAGGGACG